AGUGGCAUAUUUUGGAUCAAAGGCGAUCCUGGAAAGGGAAAGACAAUGUUAUUAUGCGGCAUUAUCGAUGAAUUUGGAAAAGAUGCUGAACUAAGCUCUAAUCUCAGCUACUUCUUCUGCCAAGCUACGGAUUCUCGAAUCAAUACUGCCACUGCUGUUUUGGGAGGCUUAAUUUUCUCAAUAGUCAGUCGACAUGAGACAGUCUUUUCACAUAUUCAAGCCAAGUACGAAGAUCGACUAGAAGGACCCAAUGCGUGGUUUGUCUUAUGCGAAAUGUUUGAAGCCGUCAUCCAGAAUCUGCCCUUCAAAGAACCUGUCUUUGUCGUGGAUGCACUUGAUGAGUGCAUC